CUUUCGUAAUACUUUUUUCACGCAUUCUGACAAACACUGUUAUUAUUAUUGGAACGAGUACAAAUACUUCAGAAGUUAUAAUAUAGUUUAGUGUUGCUUAUCAUCAUAUAAAGGAUGUUUGGAAAGUUGUUGCUAAUUGCUUUAUUUGUUGGAUCGGUUUCGGCACAAACAUACAACUCCUGUUAUCCAAACCCGUGCAACAGAACAGCGUUCUGCAGUUACGAUUAUGCUGCUGGUGGAUAUACGUGUACAUGCCGAGAUGGUUAUAUAGCAAAUGGUACCACGUGCGUCAACGUCUGCACCCCUGGAAAUCCAUGCAAGAGAUAUAAUGCAUACUGCACAUCAGACUUUAACAGAAGACAUCGGGUUUGCAGAUGCCGAUAUGGAUUUGUUAAGAAUAACGGUUCCGAAUUCUGUCAAAACCCAUGCGAUCUUAAACCGUGCGAUAAAAAUGCAUACUGCGACCGCUACAGAUCUCAUGAUCGACGCUGCUCGUGUAAUACUGGUUUUGUUGGGAACGGACUUGAAUGCUUUCGCCCACCCAAGUGCAUGGGACUUGGAACAAGUUGGUCGCCAUUUUACAACCGUGACUUUCCGACGGGCGCAUGCGACUGUGAAACGUUCGCAUACGCCCGUGUGGAUUACCCGAAAACGAUCUGUGCAAAUCCAAUCAACGUAGAUGUUGUUGAUGCAGUGACCAAUCUAGAUUAUCGAGUGAAUAAGCAAGUGGUGACUGUUAACACAGCAUUGGAGAAAGGUUUUACUUGUUUUAACCGAGACCAGAAAAACAACACAUUUUGCCGAGAUUACAAAAUCAGAUAUUGCUGCAGUAAAAAAAUUGUCCAUUAUCAACAGCCCAAGUACAAGAAUUUAAUACCAAUCCUAGUGCCAGCCGCAUGCGUGCUUGGAAUUGGACUUAUAGUUGGUGGAGUGUUGUUCUACCGUAGUUAUAAGAGAAAAAGACCCAGUCCACAAACCGAACAACAUAUAUUGCAAAAUGUUUUCUAAACGAUUGUGACGCGAAGUCACAUAUAUUUUGUACGUUCUGUUACUAGUACAACUUUAAACACUUUUUGAACUUAAGUUAUUUUUUAUUAAUAGUGGGGUUGGGGGAGAUGAGACUCCUUUUUAAUCUAUUUUUUCCCAUUUGGUAAUUAACAAAGAACGUUCAAAGAAUUAUAAAACCGUAUCCUUACGACUCCCAUAUGGAUCGUUGCUAUUUGCUCAAAACACGACCGGGAUAUUUGGAUAUUAUGUGCUAAAGGUGUCCCAUAUUUCCCCUCCCUACUAUAUAUAUGAUUACAUAGAUUUCGUACGCUCUAUUUCCACUGCAAACAUAAACUUAUUGCCUCUUUUGAAUUUUCAUCAUUAAGUAACCGACCAAAAGUAUUGACAACGCUGGGUUAGGUUAUACUUACACCGCUAACGUUUAUUUUAUGUCGUAAUAUUUCAAUAUAUAUUGACAUACUCUUCAACUAAUGUAAGUGAUUGAAUUUACACAUAUGAAGCAUGCGGUUUUUAAAGUGUUAGUUGGCCUUGGCUGUCAAUUCCAUCCCCACUUAUGAUAUAAAGUGCCGCUUUAGAGGUGUAAUUUGUAAGUUUAAACUAAUAAGUUGUUGUUUUAUGGGUAUUCGCAUUAAGUUAAUAUUUCACUACUUCGCUUAAAACAAAACCGACUUAGCUUUAUA